AAAAAGAGGGCCCUAUUGUAGAUCAAAGGUGAUCUUUAUGUGUCUUUAAAAAGGAAAGAAGGGAAGCGGAAAAAAUUGACUCCAUACUCAUCACUCUGCAUUUUCGAGUCUUCACAAUCAUAUCCUCCUAACCACACACAGAAGAAGAAAAUGGCAAGUCUUACAGUUCCGGCAGAAGUUCCUUCCGUCGCUGAAGACUGUGAACAACUCCGAUCUGCCUUCAAAGGAUGGGGAACGAACGAGAAGUUGAUUAUAUCAAUUUUGGCUCAUAGAAAUGCUACUCAGCGCAAAUUGAUUCGACAGACUUAUGCUGAGACUUUUGGGGAAGAUCUACUUAAAGAGUUGGACAGAGAACUUACCCAUGAUUUUGAGAAAUUGGUGCUAAUAUGGACACUGGAUCCGUCAGAACGUGAUGCCUAUUUGGCUAAGGAAGCUACUAAGAGAUGGACAAAAAGCAACUUUGUUCUUGUGGAGAUAGCUUGUACUAGAUCUCCUAAAGAACUGGUUUUGGCAAGGGAAGCUUAUCAUGCUCGUAACAAGAAAUCUCUCGAAGAGGACGUUGCUUAUCACACUACUGGGGAUCACCGCAAGCUUUUGGUACCUCUUGUGAGCUCCUACCGAUAUGGAGGAGACGAGGUGGACUUGCGCCUUGCUAAAGCAGAAUCUAAAGUGCUGCAUGAGAAGAUCUCCGAUAAGGCUUACAGUGACGAUGAGGUCAUUAGAAUUUUAGCCACAAGGAGCAAAGCGCAACUCAAUGCUACUUUGAAUCAUUACAAAGAUGAAUAUGGUGAGGAUAUCCUAAAGCAAUUGGAAGAUGAGGAUGAGUUUGUUGCACUAUUGAGGGCCACCAUAAAAGGUCUUGUCUACCCUGAGCACUAUUUCGUGGAGGUUCUUCGUGAUGCAAUUAACAGGAGAGGAACAGAGGAAGAUCAUCUGAGCCGAGUUAUUGCUACAAGGGCUGAGGUCGAUCUGAAGACUAUCGCUAACGAGUACCAGAAGAGGGAUAGCAUUCCUCUGGGUCGCGCCAUUGCCAAAGAUACAGGAGGAGAUUAUGAGAAUAUGCUGGUGGCUUUACUUGGACAAGAGGAGGAAUGAGGAGGCUUGGCUCACUUCUGUUUUAUAAUGACCAGAAUAAAUAUGCCAUCUCCCAUAUAUUUCAGAGUUGGCAUCUGUUUGAUGAUUGAGUGUGGUCUGUUUCACAUGAGCUUUUAGUCCUUUUCUUCGUGUGAGAAACUUUGAAUAUGCAUCUUUGUGCUGUCUAAAAAUAUUUUCUAAUAAUU